CGCAUGUCCCCCCUGAACACCCCCGGUUCUCCCUCCUUCCAGGUUCAUGAACCACCGGGUCCCUCCCCACAAGCGCUACCAGCCCACGGAGUACGAGCACGCGGCCAACUGCGCCACCCACGCUUUCUGGAUCCUCCCCAGCAUCCUCGGCGGCUCCAACCUCUACUUCCUGUCCGACGAUGACUGGGAGACCAUUUCCGCCUGGAUCUACAGCCUGGGUCUCUGCGGGCUCUUCGUGGUGUCCACCGUGUUCCACACCAUCUCCUGGAAGAAGAGCCACCUCAGGAUGGUGGAGCACUGCUUGCACAUGGUCGACCGCAUGGUCAUCUACUUCUUCAUCGCGGCCUCCUACGCGCCCUGGCUGAACCUUCGGGAGCUGGGCCCCUGGGCCUCCCACAUGCGCUGGCUGGUUUGGAUUAUGGCCUCUGUUGGCACUGUCGAUGUCUUCUUUUGCCAUGAGCGGUAAGCUGGGGCCAGGGUCUCAGAUGGGUGAGGUGCUUCUUG